AUGGCUGAGAGAACAUUUUCUGAUGUUCUGGAGAAACUGAGUCUUAGGGAGGGGAAGUACUAUACAAGUAAACACAUGAAUCGACCUUUUGAAAGUGUAGAACAAGUGAAUAAUCUGAGAUAAGUACAAGCACUAAGGAGGCUGAGUCCACAUCCUACUAUCUUUAUUGAUGAAAACCCUGGCUCCCUUUCACUGGUAUGUGAACUGAAGUCCAUGAAUAUUUAUGAGCUGAUGAAAGGAAGGAGAAAGCCAUUGCCUGAAAAAAAAAAAAAAAUCGGGAACAACAUGUACCAGGUAUGCAAAUCUCUAGAUUGAGUACAGAGAAAUGGGAUAUUUCAGAGAGAUGGGCAGCAAGAAAACGUAACAGUAAAGCAGAACACCCUAAAGUUAAGAGACUUUGGAUCUUGUAGGAGUAUGUAUUCUCAGCAGGCACACAGUACCUCCCCACGCUGGUCCUGAGCACCUGAAUGUUUGCUUAUAAAUGGGCUCUAUAGUUACAAAACUGGCAUGUGGAGUCCUGGCUAUGUUUUCUAUGAAAUCACAAGUUUCCAGCCUCUUUUUCUUGGAUCUAACACCCAUAUUUCAAAAAUCCAUUAAGUGAUAGGCACUCCUGGUAACAAAACUUCAAAAGUUCAAGCACUAAAAUAUGACCCCAACGAGAGAACUGCUGCCCAUCAAACCUUACAGCACCCUUAUUUUCAAGAACUCUGGCAAAUGACUUCAAAUCACUUCACUUCUACCAUGCACAAAAAAUUAAGAGUAGUAUGAAAUACGUCAAGGCAAGUACCUCAGUACUUGUGGCAAAUCUCAAAGGCAAGUCCAAGACAAGUAGUAUUUAAAGUAGCCAAAUCGAUUACCUGUCCUGCUUCUACAUUACAUUCAGUUUUCUAGGGACCUGAGGAAGGUGAUGGAACCCCUGUGUUCCAGUCUGUCAGAUUUAUUGGAUCAAAUACUGAGUCUGAGAAACAGAAGGCACUUCAGUCUUCCCUGAAACAUUUCCAUUUGCCUGUUAUAGAAGGAAUAGAAGUGAGGAAAAGCCUGGCUAUGCAGUGAGAGACCCAGUCAUACUUCUGUUGUUAGAGACCUAAAAAGAACAGCAGUGCCUGAUUUUGCCUUGCUCUGACAAUUUGUAGGAAAACCCCACAAGGUUUGAUGGCUGCUUUCCUACCAUUUUGAUAUUCUUUUCCUGAAGGGGGUCAAUAUUUAAUUAAAGCAUUGUUCUAGCAGAGCACAGAGAGUAUUCUGCAUUGAACUUCCUAAGUACUUGUUCCUUUUAGAACCUGGUGGAGGAGGAGGUUGGUUAAAAAUAACAUGAAAGGAUUCUUUGAGUUCAAGUAUUAGGAAUGGAAUGUUAUCUACAGAAUUUAAGUUUUCAAAUUGUAUUACAAAUGACAGCUAACUACUGGGUUUUUUUGUUGUUUUUUUUUGUUUGUUUGUUUGUUUGUUUGGUUUGUUUUGUUUUUUUUUUAGAUUUAAGGGUUUGGUUUUUUGUUUUAUUUUUUCAGUUGGCUCUGGAAGUUAUUCCCCUCUUGUACUCAGGUUUUACUGAGAGUAUGUAAAUCGUAUGUGCAAUUGUAUGAGAUACUUGACUUUGAUGUAGUUUCUGUAAUUGCUAAGUAUUUUUAUGUAACUAUAAUCUAACUCAAAGAUAAACCAACUUUUUAGCUGAUUCAAAAGCAAGUAAAACUUAGUCAUAGUUUGCUUCAAGCAGUUGAUCUUAACAUUAAUGUAAGAUAAGAGGGACUGAUAAUACAGCCAGUUGCUUAAAAGAGCAGUAAAAGCAAAUAGCUCAUCAUGCUUCAGAAAUCUGGCACACAGCUCAUUGGUAACAAUUUAACAUAAAGGCCUAGUAAGAGUAAAAAAUUAUGCCUGUUAUGUUCUCAGCUCUUCUUCUGAGAUUCUGCAGGGUUGUGCAUUUGUGAAAACAAUUAUUCUUCUCACUCACUUUGAGGUGUUCCAGUAAGUGGGCUUUUUGCUGUGAUUUGUUGAUUGGUUGAUUGUUUUUGUAUGAAAAGGCAUCUCAACAUUUGUAAGGUUCUGUUGUGACUGGAUUAGAUCCUAAUCCUUGUUCAGGUAAAUUUUGGACAUUUUGGACAACUCUGAGCAUGCCCAAAUUCCACACUGUAGCUUUUCCAUGUGGAAAAGCUCACGAGACUCAAGUUCUUUAUGAAUCCUUUUGACAUCUACU